AUGAUAUCUACUUCAGUGGGAUCAGAAUCAGGAAAAAUUGAUCAAAGUAUCGAAAUCCCAACAAGCAAUGGUGGUUUGUAUAAAAAUCGCAGAUUUAUUUCUUCAACAUCCAACAUUCCAACAAAUUCGAAAUUAGGUAUACGGGAAAAUGAUUUAUCUCGUAGCCUAUUAACAGAAGCAAAUGUAUCAUCGCAAAAUUUCGUUGGUUUACAAUCAUUGCAUACCAUUUCAAUCAAUGAUUCAUGCUUUAAUAUGCGGAAAAGCAAACAGUUAGCUGAUUUUGAUGUGAACAAGCAGAUGACCCAUAUGGAUAACAACCAUUCGACGAAUACUGUACGCUUCUCAUCACAUCGACCAUUGUCAAUAAUUGAUGCAAAUAUUUCGAAUAACUUUCCGAUUCAUAUGUUUCCUACAUCAACUUUACCACAUUAUCAUGAUUUUGAUUACCAUAACAUGUCAUCAACAACUAUGAUAACUUCGGUAGCAACAACAACAACAACAACAACAACAACAACAGCAACAACAACAACAACAAAAACAGCAACAACAGCAACAGCAACAGCAACACCAACAACGACAACAACAACAACAGCAGCAAGUAAUGGUGUUGUAGUAAAGGAAAAAGCUGUGAUAUUAGAUGAAAGAUAUCGUGGUGAAUUAUCAAUUCUUGAAAAGUAUCGGUAUGAUCUCAGUCGAGCACAACUUAAAGCAAGUUCACGAACAUCAGCUUUAUUGGCAGGUUUUGCUAUGGUUGCCUUGGUGGAAUUGCAGUACGAGCGAACGACGCCACCUUUUCUCUUAAUAACACUUGGAGUGGUGACAACACUUCUUGUUUCCGUUCAUCUUCUUGCACUAAUGAUGUCAACAUGUAUAUUACCUUACAUUGAAGCGAAUGGUUGUACGCAAGAUUCACCUCAUAUCCGGUUGAAAUUCUAUAUCGAUUUAUCAUGGUUAUUUAGUACAUGUAUUGGUUUAAUAUUGUUUCUUAUUGAAAUUGGUAUAAUAUUUUUUGUGAAAUUUUAUGCGGUCAAUUAUAUUACUGCUGCUUAUAUUACCACUGCUAUGCUCAUACCCGUUGUAGUGGUAUUUACAAUAUUUUCAUGCCUUAUACAUAAAAAUCGAUUUAUUCAUUCAAUAAAUCGUGUGGGAUCAAAAGCAAUUGAUUUGCAAAAAUUUCUAAACGAAAAUAAUGCAGCGACAUCGAACAUUCCGAAUGCUACAACAUCUACACCUUUUGAACGACAUUUGGUAGGUGCUGGUUUACAAAGCAUCCGAGUUAUUCAUCACUGA